AUGUAUAAUUUAUAAAUUGACAAAAACAUUGAAAUUUAAAAAGUAAUAAAUAACGAAAAAACAAUGAUAUAAAGCUCGUUUAAGCAAGAAAUAAAAACAACAAUCAAGCAUAUAAUUCUGCUUUUAAAAAAAAAAAUUAUAAUAAAUCAAAGACACAAAUAUGUAUUUAUAUUUCAUUAUACAACCCCUUUAAUAGUGUUUCUUUUGAUGACUUUUUGGUAACAAGUAGCUAACAAAAUAACCGUUUUUAAAUAAUUAGAACCUCCAAUAUAUACUCCAGAAAGAAUUCCAAAAUGCAUAUCUCCAGAAUACGUUGAUUCGUUUGAUCCAGACGAUGAUAAUUGUAUAUCUGUGGGUUAUCAUAUAAUUGGCACCGAGCAAAUAUGGGUCAAAGAGGUAAUGAAAUACGUUGCAAAAAAAAAUAAUUUAGAAUUUGGGAAAGAUGUAAAAUAGAUAAGUGAAGCAAACGUUGAAAAUCUAAGCAACUAUAUUAAAAAAAAUUUAAAUAGGACUUAAAUAGGAGUAUUUUUCUGCACUGAUUAUUACCCUUACGAUUUUAAAGGAAUUCCUAUGAAAAUUCCUUGUAAUUUAAAUUUGUUUGAUAAAUAUUAUGGUUAUUUUUAAUAACAUUUAACUAUAAAAAGUUUUAUGUAUACAAUUUUAUAUAAUAGUACUCUUAACUAUAGAUCAGCAUUUUUAACUGACCCAAAAAAAGCAGUAGGAAAAGAAGAUCUUUUACUAUCUUUAAAACUAUCCAUAGACAAUGCCAUAAUAGAAAUCGUACAAAACAAUAAAUAUGAAUAGUAUACUUCUUAUGACCAAUAAUUAAAUAUAAACUAUGAUAAGGAAAGAAUACAAGCCACUAUAUAAGAUUAUCCAAAACUUCCAACUAGAUUUACUUUGGGAUUUGAUUUAUUUUCCGCAUAUGGUGCAUUCUAUUUAUUUAUUCCAGUAAUGAUUAGCUUUAUUCUAUUAAUAAAUGAAGUUUUGCGCGAAAAAGAAAAAAAAUUGCGUUAAGGACUUACCACAUUAGGCCUUUCGUAAUUUUCUUAUAUAGCAAGUUGGGUUGUUUAUUCGUUUCUGUCCAUGUGUUUGUUAUAGUUUGUGAUGAUUUUUGUAGGAUAUUUAUUUAGAUUUGAUUUUUUUAUUAAAUGCUCAUUAAUAAUUAUUUAUUUGGUAUUUGUUUGUUUUGGAAUGUCAAUACUUUCUAUUGCCUAUUUAAUUUCUACAGUUUGUAAUAGUGUAUAGUUAGGUUAUACUAUUGGUUAUGGAUUCCUUUUAUUAGCUAUUGUUAUGGAAAUUUUCAUGAGUUCUCCAAUCUUUAUAUAUUUCUUAUAUUAAACAGAGCCUGAUAUCUAUGCUUAUUUACUUCUUACUUUGUUCAGUAUUUAUCCACCUUUUCAUUAUUCGAAGAUUUUCUAAGAUAUUGUUCAAAGAACUAAUAAACAUUAUGAUAUUACCAAUAGUAGAUGGAGCGAUGCACCAGGAUUUAAUUAUGAUGAUAUAUUCAAAACUAUUAAAGGAAAAUUCUCUUAUCCACCCGUAAUGUAUGAAGCUCCUACUUUAAUGCAAUCUUUUAUUUACAUGAAUGGACUUUCUAUUUUAAUAUUUUUAAUGGCCUUAUAUUUUGAUCAUGUCAUGCCAAGUAAUAGAGGUUCAUCUGAAAGUGCAUUUUUUUUCUUUAAAAAAAGUUUUUGGAGUUGUUUAUUCAGAAAAAAAUAUUACAAAUAAAACUUUUUGAAAUAAAGCGAAAACCAUUUAGAUUUUAACUAUUCAGAAAAUGAAAAUCUCGAUACAGUAAGUUAGGAAAAAAAAAGGGUUUAAUAAAAUCAUGAUUAAAAAUCAUCUGUAAAAGGAAUAAGAGUUCUAGGUUUGGGAAAAAGCUAUACUAAAAGUCUUUUAGGUAGAAAAUCAAAAGAUGAUGUGGUUGCACUAAGAGACAUAUGGUUUGAAAUAGACGACUGUGAAUUAAUAGCCUUAUUAGGUCAAAAUGGUGCAGGAAAAAGUACUUUAAUAAAUGUUUUAACAGGUUAGCUUGCUCCAUCAGAAGGAACUGCAUAUAUAUGUGAUUAUUAAAUAUCCUAAGAUAUGGAAGAAAUAAGAAAAUAUAUUGGUGUUUGUCCAUAAUUCGAUAUUUUAUGGGAUGAGUUAACAGCUUAGGAACAUUUGGAAAUGUAUUGUAAAAUAAAAAACAUGAGAUUAGAAGAAAUACCAAAAGAAAUAGAUCGAAGAAUGUAAGAAGUAAAUAUGUUUGAUAGAAAAAAUUAGCGAGUAGGAACAUUUAGUGGAGGACAAAAAAGAAGAAUUUCAUUAGCAAUUUCGAUUAUUGGAAAUCCGAAAAUUGUUAUUUUGGAUGAGCCAACUACUGGAAUGGAUCCUAAAACGAGAAGAGAAGUCUGGAAUAUAAUAAGAGAAAUAAAAUAAAAUAGAAGUAUUAUCCUUACUACUCAUGCAAUGGAAGAAGCCGAUGUUUUAAGUGAUAGAAUUAUUGUUAUGGCUAAUGGCUAACUCAAAGCUUUAGGUACUUCUUUAUUUUUAAAAAAUUAGUUUGGUGAUGGCUAUACUAUUGAUAUUAAAUUUAAUGAAUAAUAUACUUAAAAAGGAAUAUAAGCAAUUAAAUGCAUACUUCCAGGGGCGAAAAUUCAAAAUAAAUGUGUUGGGAAUGUUGUUGUCCUAGUUAAUUAGGUUGAAUAAAUUAAAUAGUUUUAUAAAAUUUUAGAAGAUUAAAUUAAUUUUGAAGGAAUAAAUGUAAAUGAAUUUACUAAAAAUAUUAAAAAUUAUGGAUUGCUAAAUUCAACUUUAGAACAAGUUUUUUCAAACAUAGUAAACUAAUGA